UUAGCAGCGAUAGUCUGUAGCGAGUCGAGAGCAAGCACUGAAAUAGAUGCACCACAUGGCGGGGAUCUUCGACUAUGUGUGCGAGAACUUUUUACUGGUUUGCGUACUGGGAAAAAGAUAGUGGCAGUGUGUGAACGAGAGUGCUAAGAGUCAUAGGGAAGAUUUUUAGUUAAAAUUGGGUCGACUCGAUGAAUGAUCAUCGUGUUUUUUCCGAAAAAAAUAAAAGCAAAAAAUGGAUAAUAACAAUCAUAAAGAAAAGACAAAGUUUGACAGUGAACAAUGAACAUUUGAAAAGAAUCUUGUGACGAAGUUUGUUAUAAUCAUAAUUCGUUUGAAUACUUGUGACGGCUAAUCUUCGAGAAGAAAGACUCUAUGUUAAAAAUUCUAUCGAAGAAGAGAUCGAUAUAAAAAGAGAGAGAGAGAGAGAGAGAAAUAUAAAAGAAAAACUAAAGAGAAGAUUAUAUGGAAUAAUAAGAAAACACAUGCGUGAUUCUUUUGAUUGGACACCAUAGGAGAGAGGAAAGUGAAAAGAUCGAGUCGAGUCAAUUGUCCAACGUUGUUCACUCUCGACGCCUCGAUGAAGAUUCACGAUCUUCUGGUGAGCUAACAUUCUAAAAAUACGGUGUAAGCUUCGUGAUCCUACAGUGGAAAUCUCCGAGCAUCGAGGAAAUUUCGCGAGGAUGAUGCUAGUAGUUGGUUGAUAAUACGCACUUAAUAUCUCGAUAGCAAUUUUGAAAAAAUUAUAAUUCGAUCGAAAUGAAAUGGAUAGUGUAGUUCUUCGGUGAUAAACAAUUGAAACGAUUUCUCCGGGAGAAAGAGAGAGAGAAAGAGAGAGGGAGAGAGAGAGGGAGAGGGAGAGAAAGAGAGAGAACAGAUUCAAAAAAGGCUCUUGAGGCGAUGCUCGUUCGUCUCACGAAAAUCCAACUACGCCGGUUAAUCCGGCGUUAUCGAAAACGGUGAGAUUUCUCACAAUUGUGAUCGGUAACGAAAUCCCAAUGGCUACCUGCCAUCCUAGACCACUGAUGCAGCAUCUGCAACUGCAGGAACAAACUCAGGUUGGACUGGGUACUAUCAAUGGAGUCGGUAGUCAAGGACAAAAAGUGCUCCAGCAAACCCAUUAUCAGCCUCACCUGUUGAAUUGGGUAUAUUUGGCAAUUACCGAUCAAAACUCGGCGCAACUUUCCGAUCAGAAAAAGCUUCUGCCUGCGAUUUGGAGCAAUUACACAACGGCAAACUCUCAAACCUAUCUACAUCAAAACACUUUGAAUGCUUCCGGAGCAAUAGGUGCCAGUCUAGCCGAUAGUAUUGGUGAUCUCGCUGAACAUUUUACCGAAUUGGAUCUGUUAGAUAGAAAACCAAUGAAGAGGCCACCGUCUACGUACUUGUGUCAUUUGUGCUUCAAAAAGGGUCAUUAUAUCAAGGAUUGUCCACAGGCUCGUCCAAAAGGCGAAGGUCUUACGCCUUAUCAAGGUAAAAAAAGAUGUUUCGGAGAAUACAAAUGUCCGAAAUGCAAACGUAAAUGGAUGUCAGGCAAUAGUUGGGCUAAUAUGGGUCAAGAAUGCAUGAAGUGUCAUAUUAACGUGUAUCCUCAUAAACAGAGACCAUUAGAACAACCCGACGGCUUAGACGUGUCCGAUCAGAGUAAAGAACAUCCUCAACACCUCUGUGAGAAAUGUAAAAUUCUGGGCUAUUACUGCAGGCGUAGUCAAUAACAACAAAAAAUAUAUAAAUACUUUUUCUAAGACCAUUCUAAAACCAUCAUUUAAAAUUCUAUGUUAACAGGCCGUUGCUAAUAAAUUUUUUUCUACGUUCUAUGCAUAUACUCUCGAAUGUGUAAGAACGCAUGGAUGUAUUUUAUUCAUUUCGAUAAUCUCGAUGUUAAUUACUGUUAAUACAACAACGGAGUAUUUUUUUGAUCAGCUGAGGAAUCAGAACUGUCAUACUCAGGGACGAAUUUCAUGAGAAUGCAGAUACAACGCUCUGUAAGUUAACGUAAUUACAUUUAAAAAUUAAUAAUCACAUAAAACGAAAGUGAUGCGAGUCAAUGAGUUUAUAAUUGACUUUUAGCUUUUUAUUUUCUCAAAUAUAUAAAAAGUGUAACAAAAAUAUGCGACAAAAUGUUACGAAUGAAUUUCUCAUAUAUAGAGAAAAAAAUAGACCCCAACAAUUACAUCAAAAUAAGCCCCAAAAUUAUGAUUAAUUUCUGAGUUAUAAAUCUUUCAAGCAUGAUUUUAUUGUUGGUAAAUUCUUAUUAUUUUUAUUUUAUUUGCUGAAUUUAAAACCAAAACACUAGUUAUCAUGUUAAAAUAUGUAAUUACAUCUACUGAAUUUCUUUUCGUACUGAAUGUCUGUAAUAUCUACAAAUGGAUUACCGUAUUAACAACCAUAAGUACCUAAACAUAUUCGAAACUCAAUGAAAUGACAAAAUGAAGUCUAUAUUCGGGCAGGCGGUGUACAUUUUGAAUAUUUCACAUAAGGAAUUAUCAACAAAAUGUAUUGUAAUAUAAUCCUAGCAAACAAAAAUAAUUUGUAUUGUGUAUGAUGUAUACUAAAAUCAUACUUGAAAGUCUUAUAAUUCAGAAAUUAAGCAUUUCCGGAGCCAUUUUGACAUAACUUAUUUUUCUUCUCUACAAAUGAAGAAUCCAUUCAUGUAGUUUCGCCACGUAUUUUUGCGUUUCUUACAUUAUAGAUACUUUAUUAUGAUUCUGCGUCAUAAUAAGAUUUUCAUUUAGUUAAUAAAUUUCUUAACUUACACCACUUUCCUAUUAAUACGUUUAAUUUAAUAAAUACAUAAUGACUCUUAUGUACAUCAGAAAAAUAGAGAAAAAGAAAGAGAAAGAGAAAAAGAAAGAGAGCGUAUGUUCAUCUUUUAUUUUAAUUAUUUGUCACAAUCUAAAGAGAAUAAAUGUUAGGAAACAAUAUUAUUCGAUAUUGUACAUACACAUAAUAUCUGUCAAGGCGAGUAUUUGACAUGAACGUACUAUUAUCAGCCCUAUUAAAAACUUAAGAUUGUUAGAGGACGACUAGGAAUACUUGAGAGAUAUGACUUAUACACGUUUGAAGUUAGACAGUAGUUCUAUUGUAUAAUGAAACAAAUUUUCCAACGCCAAACAAAAUAAUAUUAAUAAAUAUAUAAUUUCGAUAUA